AUGACUCGUCUUAAAAACCCAAUACAAUCAAUAUUUCCAAUUAUUGUUUACCUACCCCAUCAUCCGAUAAUUCGGGAAAGCCAAACUACAAUACUUCGAGUAGUUUUCAAUGGCUCAAGCAUAACAUCAAAUGGAACGUCAAUUAAUGACCACAUGCAUAUUGGUCCCAAACUUCAGUUAGACUUACUCAGUAUUGUUUCUCAAUGGCGUUUAUAUAGUUUUGUUUUGUUAGCGGACAUAGCAAAAAUGUACCGCCAAAUACUCGUUGAUCCUCGAGAUCGAGACUAUCAACGAAUAUUUUGGCGAGAGUCAUCAGAAUUAAAGAUAGAAGAAUUCCAAUUAAAUACUUUUACGUACGGAACUCGAUCCGCUCCAUACCUUGCCCUUAGAGUCCUUCAACAAUUAGUUAAGGAUGAAGGAAACAAUUUCCCAGCAGCGUCUUUAGUAAUUCAACAUGAUACAUUCGUCGAUGAUCUUGUUUUCGGGGAACACAAUUUGAAGGACGCUUUAAAGGUCCGUAAUGAAGUGAUUGAUUUAUUACAAAAGGCUUAA